UGUUAGUACUUAGUAUCACAACUUAUUGCCCACAAGAAAAAAUGCAAUAAUAACCCAAUAAUUGUCUUCAACCCACCUGUCCAAAUCCACGCAAAUUAAUACUAGCCUGAAAAUUUUAAGUCAAGAUUCAUAAAGUAUACUCCAAUCCUAAGAAAUAAAUACUGAAAUUGAAUAGCACAUAUUUUGAUUUGGUGGGAUUUCUUUUUUGGUCUAUAGACUCUAUACUCUCAAGAAAUGGAGGCUGAAAAUGGCCAAACUUCUCCUUUGUUAAGAAGCCCGAGUAGGAGACUGAGUCAAAACGGUAGACUUCGAAGGGGUAACUCAGUUAACUCGUUAAGAAAUGAGUUCAUUUCCAGAUUGCCUGAUAAACUUCGUUCUGGGGUUGAUGAUGAAUCUUUGUAUGAAGUUGACUUCUCUAAAACUCAUGGUUUAACUCAAGGAGAGAAGGAAUACUACGAGAGACAAUUGGCUACUUUGAGAUCAUUCGAGGAGGUGGAUCAUGUAGUCCAAUCUGGUUCACCGGAAGAGGAUGAUGAAGAAGAAGCUCAACAUGAACGAGCUAUGAGGAUCUCAAAUUACGCUAAUAUUGUGCUUUUAGCGUUCAAGAUCUAUGCUACCAUAAAGACUGGAUCACUAGCCAUUGCUGCCUCAACAUUGGAUUCUUUGCUCGACCUUAUGGCCGGUGGUAUACUUUGGUUCACUCAUCUUUCAAUGAAAAGCAUCAAUAUCUAUAAGUACCCGAUUGGAAAGUUACGUGUCCAGCCAGUAGGGAUCAUUAUAUUCGCGGCCAUUAUGGCUACUCUAGGAUUUCAAGUUCUCAUACAAGCUAUAGAACAAUUGAUCAAAAACGAAGCUGCUGAAAAAAUGUCGUCCAACCAGUAUCUAUGGCUCUGCGCGAUUAUGAUAACAGCUACUGUAGUAAAACUCGCUUUGUUCUUUUAUUGUAGAGGCUCUGGGAAUGAAAUUGUCCGUGCUUAUGCGAAGGAUCAUUACUUCGAUGUCGUGACAAAUGUGGUGGGUUUAGUUGCUGCAAUUCUUGGGGACAAGCUUUACUGGUGGAUAGACCCUUCUGGGGCUAUUCUCCUUGCAAUUUAUACCAUUGCCAAUUGGUCCGGAACUGUUUUGGAGAAUGCAGUUUCACUAAUAGGACAGACGGCUCCUCCGGAAGUCCUGCAAAAAUUUACAUACCUCGUUAUAAGGCACCCUCAAGUUAAACGCGUCGACACAGUUCGUGCUUACACUUUUGGCGUGCUUUACUUUGUGGAAGUCGACAUAGAACUCCCCGAGGAAAUUCCUUUGAAAGAAGCACAUGCCAUUGGAGAGUCAUUACAAAAUAAGCUAGAGAAACUCCCCGAAGUGGAGCGAGCAUUCGUGCAUUUAGAUUUUGAAUGUGAACACAAACCGGAGCACACGGUUUUAAGCAAGCUGCCUAAUACCGACCCCUGAUUGUUGAAGCUUCAGAUUUUAUUGAUCUAAUUUUCUAUGAAAAGCAUGGUUUUUUCUUAACUGGUUAUUUGUUUCACUUCUCGAUUGUGUUAUAUCUCAACAUACAACCGACAAGUCCCAACUGCUACCGAGUUGAAUGAUUGCUGAGAUAGACUUUAAAGCGUCAUAAUACUGACUGUCCAAGCUUCUAUGUCGAUACAAUCAAGCAAAAUGGCAUUUUGUUGCCUCAAUAGUUCAACUACAAUUUUGUAAUAACUAGCAACUAGUUUGCAGUUUUGAUAAUUAUAUUAUAUAAAUAAAUUUCAAGAGUCAAAUUGCUUGGAAAAAAAUUCAACUAAUUUGUCAAAUUGUGUAUGAACAUUAUUCAAGCUUAAAUGAAAAACUAGAGGUUACAAAA